AUGUCAAUUCUCUCCUACAUCUUCGCCGGGCUGGGGUCCUAUGUUGCUCUCACCGUCGGCCUGUUUGGACUCUCUCUCAGAAUCCCCCAAGCUGGCUUCUUCGCCCGCUGUCUUGCUGCUUACGCCUCCCUCCUACUUUGCGCCGGCUACGGAGUCUUCGCCUCGAUAUUCCUGCGCGUCUUUGGCUAUGGCCAGGUUUCUCAAUGGGCUGCUGGACGCUGCUUCAAAUGGGUGAUGUGGCUAUCGACUGGGGUACAUUUUGACAUUGUCGAGGGCAAGCAGCACCUGGCUACUCGUCCAGCCGUGUUCAUUGGGAAUCACCAAACAGAACUCGAUGUCCUCAUGCUUGGUGCCGUGUUUCCUCCAUACUGCAGCGUGACUGCGAAGAAGUCGUUGCGAAACGUUCCUGUACUUGGCUGGUUUAUGGCUCUGUCGGGUACCGUGUUUAUCGAUCGCGCGAAUCGCCAGACAGCACUGAAGGCAUUUGAUGGCGCUGCAGAGCAGAUGAAGAAGCAGAAGCAGAGUGUUUUCAUUUUUCCGGAGGGAACAAGGAGCUAUUCGGCAGAACCCUGCUUGUUGCCGUUUAAGAAGGGCGCGUUCCACUUAGCUGUCCAGGCCGGUGUUGAUAUCGUUCCUGUCGUGGUGGAGAAUUAUUCGCAUGUGCUUAAUAUCAAAAAAUGGAGGUUUAGUGCCGGCUCCAUUCGGAUCAAAGUCCUUCCUGCCAUCAGCACUUAUGGUCUUACCUCUACAGAUGUCGAUAGCUUAGCAAUCAGAACCAGAGAAACUAUGCUUGCCGCGCUGAUGGAUCUAAAUAAGUUGAACAAAGGUUCCCUAGGUUAUCGCCCGGUAGAUUCGGCUUCAGCCAGCCUUGCUCAAUCCUCCGCCGUCAAUAUCUAA